UCGCAGAGACCACAGAGCCUGGUUAUCAUGCCGGUCUGAGGUUACCGAGGAAGAAGAACGAAGACCUGUACCGAAACAGUCGCUUAGACACAAUCAGAAGCGAUGGCGGAAGAAUCGGAGAAGAGGUUUCACUCGAUAAUGGACAAGCUGUUCCAUUCUCCGAGACCAAGCAAUCUCAAUUUUGAUAGUUCACCUGGAACCGAACAACCUUUGAGAUGUAAAAAACGCAAGAAUUCGAUGUCUAAUGCGUUGAUGGCGGAAUCUAACUCGGAAGGAGAUGUUGUCGGAGGUUUGAAGCGUCAGGUGGUCUCUGUUGGGUCAAAGCAGACUCCGUUGUGCAGACCAUGGGAUCGAGGGGAUCUUAUGAGGAGGUUAGCUACAUUCAAGUCGAUGACAUGGUUCGGAAAACCCAAGGUAGUAACUGCUGUAAACUGUGCGAGGAGAGGUUGGAUUAAUGUAGAGAUGGACAUCAUAGCUUGUGAGUCAUGUGGAGCACGUCUCUUAUUUUCUACUCCCUCAUCAUGGUCACAGCAGCAAGUUGAAAAAGCGGCUGCAGUGUUCAGCUUGAAGCUGGAUAAUGGACACAAGCAACUUUGCCCAUGGAUUGACAAUGCUUGUGAUGAAACACUAGCACAGUUUCCACCCAUGCCUCUUGCAGCUUUAGUUGAUGCAUACCAAGAACGUUCUUCUGCACUCUUGAGACUUUCAGCUCUUCCUAUGAUUUCACCUUCAACCAUUGAUCACACGAGGAGCCCUCAGAUGGAUCGCUUUCUGGAGCAAUCUUCAGUGCUGGAUUAUAGUUUUGGAUCUUUUCACAAUCCUAGCAUCGAGUUCCUGGACAACAGUGAAACUUUAUCUGCCAGAUUGUAUUUUCAGCAUUUGCAGGCACAAAAGCUCAUCUGCGUAUGUGGAUGGGAACCUCAUUCCUUACCUUAUGCUGUGGACUGCAAGGACCGAUCAAAUCAGUCUGCAAAUGAUGCUAAUCUUUUAGAGCCUCCUCCAGUACGUGCAAGUGGACAGAUUCCCAGCGUUACUACCUCUGAUGAGGUCAACAAUGUGGAAGAAAACCCCUUAAUUUUUGGUGGUCACCAGUCAGAUCCAGAUUCUGUUGUUCUGGAAUGCAGGCUUUGUGGUGCCAGAGUUGGAUUGUGGGCUUUCUCUACAGUUCCACGUCCAUUGGAAUUGUUCAGAUUUAUUGGAUCCUCAGAAGUUAAUGGUCAAAAUGAAUCCGCUAAUUCUGCUGGAAACACCAUUAGCUUUGCCUCUGUGGCCCCAAAAACCCAUGAAUCAGGCAGGGGAAGUCAUAUUCAGAGUAAGGAUAUGAGCACUACUAGCUGUGACGGUGCUACAACUUCAAAGGAAAGAUCUUCGAGUUUAAAUUUGAGUAUUGCAGGAGGUCCUCCACCAACAAAACAGAACUUCAGAGCAACAGUUUCUCUGCCUAUUAUCAGCCGACAUCUAAGGGUUGAGUUCUCUUCUAUUUAUGAUGUUAGAGAUAGUGUUUUGCCUAAAAUGUCAUCCAUGGAGCAAGAAAAUGUUGGAUCUGAUUCACAGAAUAAAAAUGGGGAUCAAACUUGUAUGUCUAAAAUAGGUGAUCAGUCAUUAUGCUUGAUUCAGGGCUCCAGUGAAGUGGAGGGUACAAUUGGAAAUGAGAACAAUGGUGAGGGGUCUUCAGAGGGAAGGGAUUCUGUUGUGUUAGGACUUCAUGCUGUUCAGGCAGCUGGAAUGUCCUGUGACUCCAGGGUCAAAUAUCCAGUAGAGAGUUGGGAUAAUACACCACAAGAUUCAAUUCAAAAGGAUGCCUUGCUUGUAGAUGCAGAAAAUACUAGAACCACCAAUGCAGAAACCCAGGUUGACAAUAUUGUUCAAGUUAGAGAAUCCUGUAUUAAAGCACCAGAUGCUAAUGGCAGUAUUGGGAAUGGAGAAGUUAACAAUAAUAAUGCCAUUGUUGCUGCCCAGGGAUUUGGAAAGGAUUUAAAGCAGGCACAAGUAGAUCAAGCUUUGAACUUUGAUCCACUUAGACAGCACAGACAUUUCUGCCCCUGGAUUGUGUCAACAGGAAGUGCUGCACCUGGGUGGCAACAAACACUGUCUGCUUUAGAUCGCAGGAAAGAGCCUUCUCAACCUUUACUUGCAGAUUCUCCAUCUUCUUCCAUGUUUGAGGCUGAUGAUCCCAUUGUUUCAGUCCGAAAGCUUUUCAUGUCUCCAUCUGCAAAGAGAGUGAAGACUUCUAAUGAAUCGCGCUAAGGUUUUUGAGAAACAGUGACAGGGUUUGCAGGGUGAGAAGAUGAACUUGGAUCUUCAGAUGUCAGUCACAUUAGCUAUGUUGGGAUUCCCAUCAGUGAGCGGGAUGCAACCUAUGGUGAACCAUUUUGUUGGUGUCACUGAAGGGUGAUAUUUCUUUUGGGAUUCAUUGCCAU